ACGAGAUUGACAUCGCAAAAUAACAAAUAUGAUGUAUGUAUCGUACAAAGUAUUAUCUCAUUAUAUAGCACAUUUUAAUCUUCCAGAAAAAAGAAGAAUGAGAUGCCAUCUAAGGAUGAUCUUGUCAAGUUUUCGAUAAACUUCAAUAUCGAUCGAUACAAACAGGUAACAUCAUUUGAUAAAUACAGAGAAUGCGACAGUGACGAAUUUAACCUCUAUUCUUUUAGCGGCAAUGAUAUUUACAUUAUCUAAUAAAUGAAUAAAGCAAAUAAAUAGAAAAAAGAGAUAUAAAAAAUUCUAAAAAAGUAACGAAUAUAAAAUAAAACAUACAAUGGUUUUUCUGACGCGAGUUUUAGCCUAUGCUAAAAAUUACACGAGAAAAUAUCUACGUUCCAGAUUCAUUGACACCCUGCGUUUACAUGUUAGGGGAGGAACAGGAGGUGCUGGUUUGUCUCGUUAUGGUGGAAUCGGAGGUGCAGGUGGUAAUAUAUAUGUAGUUGCAAAAGAUGGGCUAACACUGGAAAGCGUUGCUCAGACCUUGAAAAGCAAACGGAUCACAGCGGAACCAGGAAGUGACAGUUCUGCAAGAGGAAUUAUAGGUUUAGCUGGUAAAGAUAAAAUUAUUACAGUUCCACGUGGCGUUGUAAUAUACAAUCAGAAUGAAGUAUUAUUAGGUGAAUUAAAUGAAGAAGAUUCAAAAUUAUUAGUAGCUAGAGGUGGCUUAGGUGGUUCUGAACAAACAGGCUAUUGUGGUUUGAAAGGAGAAUCUCAGGUUAUAAAGUUGGAUUUGAAAUUAAUUGCUGACAUCGGGCUAGUUGGCUUUCCCAAUGCUGGCAAGAGUACAUUCUUGAAGGCAGUUUCAAAUGCUAAGCCUAAAAUUGCUGAUUAUCCUUUUACUACUAUAAGGCCUAAAUUAGGAAUUAUAAAGUACAGCGAUUUGAGAGAGAUCACUGUUGCGGAUUUACCGGGUCUGAUUGAAGGUGCACAUAUGAAUAUUGGGAUGGGUCAUAAAUUCUUAAAGCAUAUUGAAAGAACAAAGCUGCUUUUGUUUAUCGUAGAUAUACAGGGAUUUCAAUUGUCGUCAAAGCAUGUUCGUAGAUCUUGUUUGGAUACAGUAGUCUUGUUAAACAAAGAGAUUGAACUGUAUAAACCAGAUUUAUUAAAAAUGCCAGCUAUGAUUAUAAUUAAUAAACUUGACACCGACAAUGCUGACAGUAUUCUUAAAGAGAUUAAACCAGCACUGCAAGAUUUGUCAAAAUAUGUAUCUACAUGUCCAGAGGAAAUGCAGCCCGAACAAGUAGUACAUUUCAUUGAUAUUUUACCGACAUCCUUAAUCUCAAAAAAUAAGAAUAAUAUAGAAAUGAUCAAAUACAGAAUACGAAAAAUAUUAGAUAAAUACGAAGAACAGAAACAUGCUGUUGAACAUGGUAAUUUAGACUCUCGAUUGAUGGAGAGGAUAAAACGAAGACUCGAAGAGCACACUCCAACCGUUGUAUAAAUUUAUAAUAUAUUUAUAAUAUAUAAAAUAAACAUUUUGUACAUA